AGUUUGUUUCCGGAUGUUUAGCUUAGCAGUGCAGAGUGCAGAAUGGCUGCGAUGUUUACGUGUUGUCUCGGCUGCUGCGGGGAGGGAGGAACGGGCCACAUUCCCCUCAAAGAGAUGCCCACGGUUCAGUUAGACACUCACCACAUGGGCACAGAUGUCGUCAUUGUGAAGAGCGGACGGAGGAUAUGUGGAACCGGAGGCUGCCUGGCCAACGCUCCUUUGCACCAGAACAAAAGUUAUUUUGAGUUUAAGAUUCAGUCCACUGGUGUAUGGGGAGUCGGUGUGGCCACGCAGAAAGUGAAUCUUAACCAAGUGCCUUUGGGCAGAGACACAAACAGCCUAGUCCUGAGGCAUGAUGGCUCUGUGUACCACAAUAACGAGGAGAAGAAUUGUCUACCUGCUAACAGCCUUCCUCAGGAGGGUGACAUUGUGGGCAUCACGUAUGACCACGUGGAGCUGAAUUUAUAUCUGAAUGGAAAGAACAUGCAUUGUCCUGCCUCAGGAAUCCGAGGCACUGUAUACCCCGUUGUUUAUGUGGAUGACAGUGCCAUCUUAGACUGCCAGUUCAGUGACUUCUACCACACGGCUCCACAAGGGUUUGAGAAGAUCCUCUUCGAGCAGCAAAUCUUCUAAACGGAGCACUCCAGCCUCUCUUCAUGUUGUCACCCUCCUCUAUAUCUCAUAAAAAAAGCUCUGUGUCACUGCAGUUUGACCUUGAUUUGUGGCUGUUAUGCAUCUUGUUUCGUUUCUCCUGAUCACUCUGUCCGUCUACUGCUGCUCUGGAUCGACGUUGGACCAUCCCUGGAGAUAACUGGGGAUUUCCAACGUUUGCUAUGAUUGGCUGUUACUGUGCGCUAAGAGGAAACCUGUAAAAUCAUCACCUUGUGUCAGUGGCUAUCAAACUGUACGAACUGAAGCGCUUUCAGUUGCUGCUUACAUUCACAAUCUGUGUGUGGAAACCUGACUUGAGGACGUGGCGGUAAAAUGUUCCCACUUUUCAGGAUCAGAAGCCAUGUUUUAUUGACAUCGCUUUAUGUUUUUGAACCUCCCACUUGCCGUACUGACGUCUCAGCUUACUCCCUGUAUUUAUUUGUAUUUAUUUAGAUUCCAGAUCAAAGUGACCUGAUUCUUUUCUUUCGGCCAGCAGAAGUUUGACUAAAGGGUCGGCUGUCAACACUAACACGUCGGUCAACACUACCCCAUUUACUCCUACGUUGCCUUCUUCUUGUACCAUACGAAUACCUGAAAAAAGGGGGACAUUGCCUCAAUUAUUUUGACGUUCAUUAUCAAUUUGAGUUGAUGCAGAGAUGGAUAAAAACACUGGUACACCUGUGCACAUUCCAGGAGGACAGGCUGCUUUUUCACUGAGGUAUGUUGAAGGCGAUGGUGCUGGGAACCGUUUUACAAAGUGAAGUAUCUCAUAAAUAGCCGACACUGUCUGUGCAUUUACAAAAUCACUUCUCUGAACGCCCCUACAUUUUUGUUUUUUUUGUCCUAUAUUUAUUCUAAUAUCGGAAUAUUACCAGAGCCGGUGCUGGUUGUCUCUGAUUAGAGAUAUAUAUCCGAAAAUGUCAAUCUGUUGUGUUGUAUUGGCGUUACAUAUCCGCUGCUGAAGUGUGACAGUCAAAAUAUUUCAAAAAUGCUUGUCUUUGUUUGCACUAAUGUUACUGUACAAAUCCAAAUAUUGUUGAUUGAUUAAACUUUUUGUCUCUGGAGGCAUCAAA